CCCCGCCGGCCAGUCCCCGGCCCUUUCCCCGCCCCGCUCGGCUGCCGCCGCGGCAGGUUCCGGGUCCUGUGACCCGUCGGGCGGUGGCGCGGGCGCAGGGCGGCCGGCUUCGGGACGUUGCGACGGCCGACGGGGGCUCCGCGGGCGCGCGGGGAAGACGCGGCAGGGCGGCGACCCCGGCGCGGAGCCCGAGCUCGCGGGGGGCAGCCGGCCGGCUGGAGCGGGGCCGGGGGCGCUCAUGGCGGGCGGGGCAGCCGGGGACCCGGUCCUGGGGACGGCGGCGGCCGCCGCGCCCGAGACCCGCGAGCACCUCUUCAAGGUGCUGGUCAUCGGCGAGCUCGGCGUGGGCAAGACUAGCAUCAUCAAGCGCUACGUCCACCAGCUCUUCUCCCAGCACUACCGGGCCACCAUCGGGGUGGACUUCGCCCUCAAGGUCCUCAACUGGGACAGCCGGACGCUGGUGCGCCUGCAGCUAUGGGACAUCGCCGGGCAGGAGCGGUUUGGCAACAUGACCCGAGUAUACUACAAAGAAGCUGUCGGUGCUUUUGUAGUCUUUGAUAUAUCGAGAGGUUCCACGUUUGAGGCCGUCUUAAAAUGGAAAAGUGAUCUGGAUAGUAAAGUCCAUCUUCCAAAUGGCAGCCCUAUUCCUGCUGUCCUCUUAGCUAAUAAAUGUGACCAGAAAAAGGAUGGUGGCCAGAAUCCUUCCCAGUUGGACCAGUUCUGCAAAGAACAUGGUUUCACUGGAUGGUUUGAAACCUCGGCAAAGGAUAAUAUAAACAUAGAUGAAGCCGCCCGGUUCCUAGUGGAGAAUAUUCUCGCAAACCACCAAAGCUUUCCUAGUGAAGAAAACAACGAGGACAAAAUUAAACUGGAUCAGGAGACCUUGAGAGCAGAGGGCAAGUCCCAAUGUUGCUGACAUGGCUUCUGCUUCUGGCCUGCGUGCAGAGUGCAGCCUGACCGGGCUGGAUCCAAGCCCGAGAAUGGAUAAGGGGGCGGCUGUGCUGCUCUGUGAAUCUUCACAGGGCUGCACUUCAGACGAACGCUCCAGUUUUUCUUCAGGUUGUGUAGACCUUUCUCCUUGUACAGAAUGGCCGUGGUGGCACCCCCAGGGAGCCUACGCUGACACGGGGCGUGUGGUAAAGUGGUUCUGCCCUCGACCGCACACUUUAAUGCAGGCACACUUAGGCCUCUAGGGUGUUCACCAUGAAUUCAGGAUAAUGUUUACGUCCUCUUUAACAUUUUUUAAAAAUGAUGGUCCUCAGGAUUUGGUAAGAUUUUCAAGUUGUGCCUUUUAGUGGAAGCACUGGGAUGGUCAUGAAACCUGACCUGAGGUCUUCCAGUAAUUUUAUGGGCCUGUGUUUUUAUCUCCACAUCACAUUCUCUCCAGGGAGGCUGUCAUCUCUGUUAGUCACAGAAGGCUGUUUUGCAGUUCUUUUUCUACGUAAAACUUUGAUACUUCUAUAAAAUUGUUAUCAUCACACGUUAUGUCAUUAGUCCUGGCCAGCGUGGUGUGCCCUUGCUAACAACGCAGGUGCACUGGUGUCCUGGCUUCUGGUUGCUGCCAAUGGAAACAAUAUAAAUGAACAUUCCUGCUUUCCUCUUCCUCCCGUGUGUUUAUUUUUGUACCUGAGAGCCUGGCUGCUAUUACUGUUGGAGUUCUCUCUAACUGGAGCUAGUCUUUUCAAAUCUGUAUUAGUAACGGUAACAGAGAAGUUACUUGAAAGCAUAUACAAUUAAAUCUGAUAUUCUCUAAGUAUGAAUUGUGAAGGAAACUAGGUCAUGCGUAGUUUUUAUGUAAAGUUUUGGACAUUUAAAGUAGAACACAUGAGAAACUUAGGACAGCCUCGUAAUAUUUGUAUUACCAUUUAACCCAGUUAAGGAAAAGAAUAAAUAUUUUGACUGAAA